UUCUGGGCUUCUUCUGCCGGGGCUGCCCGCGCUGCCGGAGCCCACCGCCCCCCUCCGCCUGCCGGCCUGCCCAUUCACCCUCCCUCCCCGCCCUGCCGCCCUGGGAGCUCCCCGACCAUCGCCACGGGCCCGGGACUCGCUUGCUCGCUCCUCCCUCUUUCCCACCGGGCUAGGGCGGCGGCGGCAGCGGGGGCGGCAGAGACCAUCACGGGAGGAGGCAGCUGCGGCGGGGCCGAAUCCUAAUGCACCUGGCGAGCUGUUGGUGAGCAGGGCGUUGGCCAACCCGGUUGGCUUCCGGAGGAAACCCUUUGAAACCAAUGGAUGCAUUCUCGGGCUCGGGUCUCAAGAGGAAGUUUGAUGAUGUGGAUGUGGGCUCAUCAGUUUCCAACUCAGAUGAUGAGAUCUCUAGCAGUGACAGUGCUGACAGCUGCGACAGCCUCAAUCCUCCUACUACUGCCAGCUUCACACCCACAUCCAUCCUGAAGCGGCAGAAGCAACUUCGGAGGAAGAAUGUGCGCUUUGACCAGCUGACCAAGAAUGGGACAGUGGAGUCCGUGGAGGCUGAUGGCUUGACCCUGGAUGAUGUUUCAGAUGAAGAUAUUGAUGUGGAAAACGUGGAGGUGGAUGAUUACUUCUUCCUGCAGCCUCUACCCACCAAACGGCGACGGGCUCUGUUGAGGGCUUCUGGGGUCCACCGCAUUGAUGCUGAGGAAAAGCAAGAACUUCGAGCCAUCCGUCUUUCUCGGGAAGAAUGUGGUUGUGAUUGUCGACUGUACUGUGACCCAGAGGCGUGUGCCUGUAGCCAGGCUGGGAUUAAAUGCCAGGUGGAUCGCAUGUCCUUUCCAUGUGGCUGCUCCAGAGAUGGCUGCGGAAACAUGGCUGGGCGCAUUGAGUUCAAUCCGAUCCGAGUCCGGACUCAUUACCUCCACACCAUCAUGAAGCUGGAGCUGGAGAGCAAACGGCAGGUGAGCCGCCCGGCAGCCUCGGAGGAGGAGCCGUCACCUGCGGCUGGCUGCAGUCUGACGGGAAUGCAGGGCUCCGAGACACAGGACUUCCAGGAGUUCCUCGCUGAGAAUGAGACCGCAGUGAUGCACCUACAGAGUGCGGAGGAACUGGAGCGGCUCAAGGCCGAGGAGGACUCCAGCGGUUCCAGUGCCAGCCUGGACUCAAGCAUCGAGAGCCUGGGCGUGUGCAUCCUGGAGGAGCCGCUGGCUGUUCCCGAAGAGCUGUGCCCAGGCCUCACAGCCCCUAUUCUCAUCCAGGCACAGCUGGCCCCAGGCUCCUCUGUCCUGUGUUUUGCUGAGAACUCGGACCAUCCAUCGGCCUCGACAGGGAGCAGCCCAUCCUACUUGAACAGUGGGCCCUUGGUCUACUACCAGGUGGAGCAGAGGUCCGUGCUGGGAGUGAAAGGAGAGCCUGGUACGGAGGAAGGCACCACCUCUUUCCCAAAGGAGAAGGAUCUGAGCGUCUUCUCUCUCCCCGUUACCUCACUGGUGGCUUGCAGCCCCACUGACCCAGCUGGCCUCUGUAAAUCAGAGGUGGGAAAAACACCUGCUCUAGAAACCCUAUUGCCAGAAGAUUGUAAUGCUGAGGAGCCUGAGAAUGAAGACUUCCACCCCUCUUGGUCCCCCUCAAGCCUUCCCUUCCCCACAGACAGUGAAGAGGGCUCUGGGGCAGAGAAGAGCUCCCUGCAGAGUGAGGACCAGCCCCCUGAAGAGUCUGCCCUAGAACUCCCUCUGGUGGUGUGACAUGGGGAUAGAGAUGCUGCCUCUUACCUACUUUCUAUUUAUUCUCUUAUUUUAUCUAAUGCCACUUCAAGACUAUAGAAGCAGCUGCUGCUCCCAUGUUAUUUUAUUGGCAUCUUUGGGGGAGCGGGUGGGAAAGGAUUGUUUGUACAAGUAUUUUUUAAAAGGGAAACAGUACCAAGGAGACCAGCUCUAGCUAGACCUGGAGAUAAGAGUCUCACAGGCGGCCGCACAGUGCCCAAUGCUGAGCUUACUGGGCCAUUAGAACAAAGAGGUAGGAUCUCACAUGCAGGGUUGAGUAAUUCAAGCGGCUGUUCAUUAUGUAGGGACCAGAACACAAGAAUCUGAAAAGCCCUUGCUCUCCUGGCUCCUGGGAGGGCGCAAGCUCAUUUCUCUGAUUAUUCCAAUACUCCGUCUUGGUGUCAUUAUCAUGAAGUUGCAAAGGUUGCCAGGCAGGAUCUAGAGAGGAAGGGUAGAAGGGUCUCUGCUUCUAUACAAAGCCUCCAGGAUUUCUAAAAAUUUCACCUGCCUUCUUCUGAUCCCUAUUUGGUAAAUAAGUUAAUAUUUGACAUGUUGGGUGUUCUUGGACCAGCUCCCCACACUGGGGAUUCCUGAUCUAUAACUUGAAUUACUGUGUUUCUUUCACAUGAUCUUGGGUACUAGAAUUUAACUUGUCUGUCUUUUCCUCCAUCAUUUUUCCUUUGAAGACAAAGAAUAAGCCUGGCUGGAGAUGUGGCAUAAAGAGCCCUAGGCUGCUGCCUGUGUCUAUCCCUAGCUCUGUUGGGGUGCUUCCGGCGGAGCUCACCCAUCUCACAGCAGGCCCAUACACAGCACUACGUCUGUCCAGAGGAGGCCACAGGACCAGCCUGCUGUCUGGAGAGAUGACUUGAUUUGUAUCAUGUUUGCUUUUUUACCCCCCACAAAGAUCUGAGCUUUAAGUGGAAUGUAAAAUGUGGCAAUCUAAAGACACCUACUAGUUUUAUCUUUUUUCCCCCCUUUAUCUAGCCUUGUGAUCCUUUUUGCAUAUAUACAGGGUUAGCGUUCUUAUACUGUUCCAGUUCAGCUCCAAGAAUUGCACAUGUUUACUGAACCUCCUUCAUCUUGAUGAUACAUAGAUUGGAAGCCAAACUAAUUCUUAAAAUGCACACACAACUUCCAAAUUCCAAAGGCUUCAAGAUCUGAUUGUAACCUUGGAAAUGUAUAGGAUGGGACUCAAAUUCUGUUCUUAUCUCAGUCAUUGGUUCUUGAUCCUCUUAUGUCCAGCUUAUGCUCCAAGAUCUGCUUCACUGAACUCCCCUGAUUUCUUUUUAUUGUCAGAGUUUAUCUUUGACUCUGUUUUAAACUGGAUGCAGUAAGGAGUAAAACACUGUUCUCUAGCAUCCUGUGCACCAUGUUUCAUUCACUUCUGGUAUGAUUAGCCAGGAAUGAAAAGAGUGAAAACUUUUUAGUGGUAGGGGAGAUAACUGUUCAUAUUUAUUUGCUCAUAAACCCUUUUCUUAUGUGAUAGUUAGGGCUCUGUCUUAAAGCAACUUUUAUGUAUUUGUCAACAGCAUUUCACCUAUAAAAUCUGAGUCUGAAGGGCUUUGUAAUUAAUACAGCUGUAUGUGUUAAUCCAUUCCACCUUUCCUGUUCAUUCCUGUUUUUGUUUGGUUUUAUGUUUGGAAAGGAGUUCUUUCUUAGGUGCGUGGGUCCAUGUCUCUCCCCACCACUGCCUCACAAGACUGUUGAGGGUCUUAAGUACCUGAGAUUUAGAUGCUCUUCCAAACUGAGCUACACUCCUUAGAUGGGGACUAUCAAACACAAGACUGUGAAGUUUCCCUCAGAAUUCGGCUCCGUAGAGAAAAAACUAAAAAUUUGUGGGAAGGAAAAGGAAGCUUAGUAAAUUCUCUCUUUAGGAAGCUCCAGCUUAAUUUAGUGGGCAGAUACCAAUUACUUGACAAGAAAGACAUUAGCUUUUGGGAUCAAAUGAAUUUAAGUUUGUAAUUAUUAGACUCAUUGCCAACCUACAAGAUAUUUGAUAUUUCUGCAAAACUCUAAUGUCCAUCCAAGCCCAUCCCUUCAUGAAAAAAAGUUUUCACACACUAACAACAAACUUUCUGAGUGCUAAAUAUUAGCAUUUAGCAUUAACUCUUGUCAAGCAAAGGCCUUUUCUACAACCUAGCCCAUCUCAUUUCUGGUGCUACCUGAAUUGGACAAAAUGACAGCUCAUGGUUGCUAGGAAAGGUAGGCCUCUGACCAUAGAAGUGGAUUGCUUCAGUCCUGCUCAGUCUAAGCCUAAAUGCAAGAAAUGAAGCUUAUUAUCCCUUUAAUAUACUAUAUACACAGGUAGUAUUUUCAAUGUGAAUCCAAAGCUUGUCUGGUUCUUUGAAAACAAUUUUUCCCCUUUAGGUUCUUUACAUUGUGAUAAUGCGAUAUUUAAAGAGAAUAUUUAAAUGUAAUAUUAAAGAAAUAUUCAAAAGAAUG